AUGGCGGCCGAACCGGACAAGGACAACCUAAACCAAGAACCGGUUGAGUCCAGCGCCGCCGCGUCCUCCUCACCCUCCGUCAAUGGGGAGCCGCGCACUGCGUCCUGCUCCUCGCCCUCCGCCAGUGGGGCGCCCCGCGCCGCGGCAGCCGAUGCCGGAGAGGAUGAGCUCUCCUCUCGGCCACCUCCCGCUACCCUGCGCGUCGGAAGUUGCACCACCCUGCUGCAAAUCCGCGAGAAGCCCGGAGACGGAGACGGAAGCAGCGGUGGCACGGGCGGGCCGAGCUCCGCGGCGGCGGCGGCGGCGUACCAAAAGGGCAAGAAUCUCGCAAUUUACUCCCCGCCACACCCCUGUUCGAGCUCUGGCAGCAGUUCUUCCUGCGGGGCCGAGGUCGACUCAUCUGUCUCCAGGAACGCAGUUAGUCGAUGGGAGGAUACAGAGAAGCAGAGUUUUGGAAGAAAAGAAAGGAGGAUAACUGGUGCAUAUGUGAAUUGGCAGACGAUUCCAAUGAAUGAAGCUCUUGAGCAUUAUUACAGUGAUCCAGUUGAUCAGUCUAUGUCAGGACAGGGUUAUUUGAAUGUGAUGAACCUUCAGGAGGCCUACUCAGAAUUUAGGCCAGUCCGUGGAGAUGGAGAUUGUUUCUACAGGAGCUUCAUAUUUUCCUACCUUGAGCAAGUUCUUGAUAGGCAGGAUACAUGUGAGGAGGACCGUGUCCUUGAUGUCAUUGAAAGAGUAGCUAGUAGAUAUGCACAUCUGACAUGGACCUCCAGAUUUUCUGUGAGCCGCAAAGCAUUUGAGAAGCUGAUAAAAAACGUAAUGAAAUGGAAGAGACAGAGGGAUACCUCAGCGUCAAGUAGCAGCUAUUGUGACGAUAAACUUCUGGAGUUCUUCAACUCGGACACAAUAAUGCAACCAAUUUUUGUUUUUCUCAGAUUAGUAGCAGCUGUCUGGAUAUGCUCGCACAGUGACUACUUCGAGCCUUUAAUAGCUGAUCUGGGAGAAACUUAUAAUCUGCAAGAUUGGUGCUUUCAAAAUGUCAUUCCAUGUGGUGAGUGGGCAGAUCAUCUUGCAGUAAUGGCUUUGGCAACAGCCCUAGAGAUACCACUGAGAGUGAAGCAUCUGAAUGGUGGACCUGCUCAAGAUAUCUACACUGGUCAGGGAGUUCCUGCUGUUCAUGUGAUCUUGUUAUUAUACUCGGGGAAUUAUCAUGACAUCAUCUAUCCAGUCCGUUCAUCUUCUGAGACACUGUCAGUGCCCGGCACAACAAGUGAUUCCCAGUGCCAGUCCUACGAGGAAGUCGGGACAGCAUCGCUGCCCAGCGCGGCACGAGGCCUCACAUGCCAGGCGCUGCCAGGCACAGCAGGCGCUGUCCCGAUGCUAAUCCGCACAGUCUGGCAUGAAAAUUCUGAGGAAGAGCUGGAGGGGCUUCGGCUACUUCUGCAACAGGGAAGUGUCACAGUUGCACUGGACAUGGAAUUUAUGAGUACAGCAGGGAACCAAGUUCGCCCAGGAACAAUGACUAAGUGGUAUAGCAAUGUUUGCGAUUUGGUCAAUGGAGGGAAUGUUCUUGUUAGAGUACGUAAUGGGCCUAAUGGGCCCGUUAGUCUUAGGGUUAAUUAGAGAUAAGAGUCGCUUGCUUAGGGGUCAAGUAAGCCUUGCU